AUGAAUCUGAUCACUAAAAAAUCCAUCUGUUCAGCCUUGGCAGCCUUGCGGCCGCAAGAGCAGCAGCAGGUGGAGGAAGGUGUGAAGACGUGUCUGAGUCUGGGUGCAGGAAGAGCACCCUUCCUGGAGACCCAGCGGACAGGGUUCCAAAUGUUGAGGAGCUGGAUCAAUGUCUGGCUCCACGGACUCCAGUUCCUGAAGCGGGUGAUGGAGGCACAUGUGAAGUUUCUGCAGGAGGUUCUCAUCUGCUCCCUGUGCCCUCCACUGCUGCUGGUCUGCAGAGACUAUUUGGUGAGGAAAUAA